AUGUGGAUCCAGGUGCGGACCAUGGACGGGGAAACGACUCGCACGGUGAACUGGCUGUCCAGGCUGACCAAGGUGGAGGAACUGCGGAGGAAGAUCCAGGAGCUGUUCCACGUGGAGCCCGGCCUGCAGAGGCUGUUCUACAGGGGCAAACAGAUGGAGGACGGCCACAGUCUCUUCGACUACAACGUCCGCCUGAACGACACCAUCCAGCUCCUGGUCCGCCAGAGCCUCGUGCUGCCCCCCGCCGUCAAGGAGAAGGACCCCGAGCUCUCCGACACGGAUUCCGGCUGCUGCCUGGCCCAGAGCGAGUCCGACAAGUCCUCCACCCACGGCGAGGCGGCCGCCGAGACGGACGGCAAAGUGGGCCUGGCGGACGAGGCUGCGUGGGUCGAGACCGGGCUGGGUCUGUACAAGGUCAACGAGUACGUGGAUGCUCGGGACACGAACAUGGGGGCAUGGUUCGAGGCGCAGGUGGUCAGGGUGACACAGAAGGCCCCUUCCCGGGACGAGCCCUGCUGCUCCACCUCGGCGCUGGAAGACGAUGUCAUUUAUCACGUGAAAUACGACGAACCCACGUUCGUGUGCGAGGGCACAGCAGCCUGCUCUGAUGGCGGCGUUGACCCAGAAUGUUCUAACCUGCUCGUCUCUCCCAGGGAUGAUUCUCUCAACGACUGUCGCGUCGUCUUUGUGGACGAAGUGUUCAAGAUCGAGUACCCGGGCGAGGGCAGUCCCAUGGUUGAGAACCCGACGAGACGCAAGAGCGGGCCCUCCUGCAAGCACUGCAAGGACGACGUGAGCAAGCUGUGCCGGGUCUGCGCCUGCCACGUGUGCGGGGGCCGCGAGGACCCCGACAAGCAGCUCAUGUGCGACGAGUGUGACAUGGCCUUCCACAUCUACUGUCUCUGCCCGCCCCUCAGCAGCGUCCCCAGCGAGGACGAGUGGUACUGCCCUGAGUGCCGGAACGACGCCAGCGAGGUGGUGCUGGCCGGAGAGAAGCUGCGGGAGAGCAAGAAGAAGGCCAAGAUGGCGUCGGCCACGUCGUCCUCGCAGCGGGACUGGGGCAAGGGCAUGGCGUGCGUGGGCCGCACCAAGGAGUGCACCAUCGUCCCGUCCAACCACUACGGACCCAUCCCCGGCAUCCCCGUGGGCACCAUGUGGCGCUUCCGAGUCCAGGUCAGUGAGUCGGGCGUUCAUCGGCCUCACGUGGCGGGUAUCCACGGCCGCAGCAACGACGGGGCUUACUCCCUGGUCCUGGCGGGCGGCUACGAGGACGACGUGGACAAUGGGAAUUCUUUCACAUACACAGGUAGCGGUGGUCGAGAUCUUUCCGGCAACAAGCGAACUGCAGAACAGUCUUGCGAUCAGAAACUCACCAACACCAACAGGGCGCUGGCUCUCAACUGCUUUGCCCCCAUCAACGACAAGAAGGGGGCCGAGGCCAAGGACUGGCGGUCGGGGAAGCCGGUCAGGGUUGUGCGCAACGUCAAAGGUGGCAAGAACAGCAAGUACGCGCCCGCCGAGGGCAACCGGUACGAUGGCAUCUACAAGGUCGUGAAGUACUGGCCAGAGAAGGGGAAGUCCGGGUUUCUGGUGUGGCGCUACCUGCUGCGGAGGGACGACGAUGAGCCCGGGCCCUGGACGAAGGAGGGGAAGGACCGGAUCAAGAGGCUGGGGCUGACCAUGCAGUAUCCGGAAGGCUACUUGGAAGCCCUGGCCAACAGGGAGAAGGAGAAGGAGAACAGGAAGAGGGACGUGGAGGAGGACGAGGAGGAGGAGGAGGCGGAGGCGCGGGAGCAGGCCAGCCUCAGGUCCACCAGGCCGGGCAAGGGCAAGUGGAAGCGGAAGUCGGCAGGAGGCGGCCCGGGCAGGGCUGGGUCCCCGCGCCGCAUGCCCAAGAAAACCAGGGUGGAGCCCUAUACCCUCACUCCGCAGCAGAACAGUCUCAUCAAGGAGGACAAGAGCAACGCCCGGCUGUGGACCGAGGUCCUCAAGGCGCUCAAGGAUGGCCCGGUGAGCGCGGGUGGCGGGGCUUUCCAGGCGUUCCUGAGCAAGGUGGGAGAGGCGUUCCAGUGCAUCUGCUGCCAGGAGCUGGUGUUCCGGCCCGUCACGACCGUGUGCCAGCACAACGUGUGCAAGGACUGCCUGGACAGGUCCUUCCGGGCACAGGUGUUCAGCUGCCCAGCCUGCCGCUACGACCUGGGCCGGAGCUACUGCAUGCAGGUGAACCAGGCGCUGCAGACCGUCCUCGCCCAGCUCUUCCCCGGCUACGGCAGUGGCCGGUGA